AUGCCAGAUUUUGAGAUAUCCAUAUUGGGUGGGUCAGGUGGACCAUUUGAAAAUUCUACGCAAUGUUUUAUGUUACGAUCGACCCAUAAUACGAGGGACACACAACUGAUAUGCGUGGAUGGAGGGGUUGGUUUGGGAAGUAUUGCGACGAUGCUCCGUUUGGAUAAGAAUACGAAAGUUGUAGAGAGCCUUUACGAAAAUGAAGAAGAGCCUAUCGAGAAGUACGUCGACAACACAAUGUUGCCACAACUCGUGAGAGGGUUUCCACAAAUAAUUACAAGCCGGUUAAGGGGAAAUAUUUUACAGCAAGCUAUGGAAUUGUACCAAAAAAUAGGAGAAUAUUACAUUACACACCCACAUAUGGAUCACAUUGCUGGGAUGAUCAUGAACUCUCCCGCCAUUUAUGAGCCAUCUGUGCUAUCAAAAAAAUAUGUGAAAGGCCUUCCAUUUACCAUAAAACCUUUAAAUGAUUCCAUCUUUAAUGAUAUCAUAUGGCCACAACUGUCAAAUAAAUCGUUGGGACGACUUGACCUGGUAACGUUGUCACAACAAAUACCACAUAACUCGUCAUCAAUACCUGAAUGGAAUAUAAUACCCUUUGAGGUCUACCACGGUUCAAAAGUUUCUGAUUUGACUGCACACGUUUCCAGUUCUGUGUAUAUUAUAACUAACACAAGGACAAAAAAUUCUAUUGUUAUGUGUGGUGACUUGGAAAAAGAUCACGACAACCUACAGGAACCGAAAUUAUUAGAUCAAAUGUGGUCAUACCUAGCGAAAAAUGUUCCUUUAGAAAAUUUGAGUUCAAUUGUGGUGGAAUGUUCCAAUUCAUCAUCUAUAGAUGAAAGAAGACUCUUUGGUCAUCUAUCGUCAAAUAAACUACUAGAUGAGCUUCAAGUAUUAAGGGACAAGUACAGUAUUUCAUCGGGACUUGGAAACUUGAAAGUGAUCAUAUCUCAUGUCAAGAUGGCCUACUUAGAUAAGGAUCCACGAUUAACUAUUUUAGACGAAUUACGAACACUUGCACAUACAAUUCGAGGUUUAGAAAAUAUAGCAUUUUCAAUUGCCGUUCAAGGUUACACAUUCACAGUUUGA